AUGCGGCGCGGUUACAUCAUCUUCAUCGUCGUCAAUGUCCUUAUCCUGACCUAUCUAGUACGAAGUGUAUCAACUUUGUUGCAAUUACUAGUCGAGGAUGCAUCAGCAGAUGCGAUUCACCGGUCAGAGCUACCGUCGCCCAAUUCGAGUUUAAUCGAACAUCGUCCCCAGAUCAUUCCCAAGAUAAUCCACCAAACCUACUUGAAUGAGACAAUCCCUGAGAUUUGGCGCGAGGCUCAACAGACUUGCAUUGACUUGCAUCCCGACUAUGAAUACAUUCUCUGGACUGAUGAAAAGUCGCGUAAAUUCAUCGCUGCUGAAUAUCCUUGGUUCUUGGACACCUUUGAUGGCUACAAAUUCCCUAUCCAGAGGGCUGAUUCUAUUCGCUACUUUGUUCUGGCCCACUACGGUGGUACCUACAUUGACUUGGAUGAUGGCUGCAAUCGUCGUCUAGACCCCCUUCUCGCCUACCCCGCAUGGGUUCGUCGCACUGUUCCUACCGGUAUCUCCAAUGAUGCCAUGGGCUCUGUGCCACAACACCCAUUCUUCCUUCGAACUAUUGAGACCUUGCAACAAUACGACCGCAGCUGGCUGCUCCCUUACAUCACUGUCAUGUACACAACCGGUCCCUUGUUCUUGUCCGUCGUAUGGAAGCAGUACAUGCAGACCAAUCCCGCCGAGUCUGCCCGUGUACGCAUCUUGAUGAAGGAUGAGUACAACCAACACUCCUGGAGUUUCUUCACCCACCACGUGGGUAACAGCUGGCACGGAAAGGACGCGCGUCUGAUAUUCUGGAUGGGUCAGCAUUGGUUGUUCCUAACCGUCAGUGGAUUUUUACUCGCCGGUGUCUUUGGCGUGUGUCUUUGGUGGACAUAUGGCCGUGUCAUGCUGCUAGGAUCCAAGUACCGCUACCGUUAUUCCAAGGUCCCCAUCAUCACAACCACCCGUGUCGCUUCACCCAGUCGGCGUUCUCGGGGCUUGAUGCCCACUCUCCUCCGUCGGGUGAGCUUCAAAGAAGACGAAGAAUCAACCGGUGUAGUUGAGACUUCGUACGAACUAUGUCGGCGCGACGACUAG